AUGAGAUUAAAACAUAGGUUUAUGGAUCCUUUAAUAAAUGGAGACUAUCCAGCCUCGAUGAAGAGACUAGUGGAAGAAAGACUACCAAAGAUAACACCAGAGACGUCUAAAACCAUAAAAGGGGCAUUUGAUUUCUUUGGAAUCAACCACUACACGACAUUAUACGCGAGGAACGACAGAACAAGGAUAAGGAAAUUGAUUCUACAAGAUGCUUCUUCUGAUGCAGCAGUGAUCACAACCUCUUUUCGAGGAGGAGUACCUAUAGGAGAUAAAGCAGGAUCAAGCUGGCUACACAUAGUCCCAUGGGGAAUCAGGAAACUAGCAGUGUACCUCAAAGACGUCUAUGGAAACCCACCUGUCUUCAUCACAGAAAACGGUAUGGAUGAGAAGAACAACCCAUUCAUAGACAUGGAGAAAGCAUUACAAGACGACAAGAGGAUUAGCUUCCACAGAGACUACCUCUCAAACUUAUCAGCUGCCAUUAGGAAGGAUGGUUGUGAUGUAAGAGGAUACUUUGUGUGGUCAUUGCUAGACAACUGGGAGUGGAACUCUGGUUACACUGUCCGGUUCGGGAUAUACUAUGUGGAUUAUAAGAACAACCUCACAAGGGUUCCUAAAGCCUCGGCUCGAUGGUUUCGGACAUUGCUUGAUUCGGAACGGGUUGGUCUUAGCUCUGAUUCGUCAGAUUCCGACAAGCUUCUCCAGGAGAAAUGA